GCUGACGUACGCUUCUGACGUGGUGCCUGAAAGUCGUUAACCGGAUGUGCAAGCAUGUAAUAACAGUAAAAGGUAUUUAGGUAAUAAGAUAUCGUGAGUGUUCGUCGCUCUUGUUUUCAGUUUUAUUUCCAGAAAACUUCCGCGGCUUGCGGUUGUCGUUCGGCGAUGAUAAUCACUUGAAAUUACGAACAAGUCAGUGAGGAUGGAAAAAAAAAAAAAAAGAAAAAGAAUCGAAACAAUCGUAUCCACAAUAUGAAGCGACAUUUUCAGUUUUUUGUCAACCGUUCUUUACAAACGGGUCGUAUAACAUGUUUUCUAUAUUUGAUUGAAAAAUAAUAAAAAUUAUUGCGUUUCCAUACCUCGAAAAUAUUGUAAAAUCCCCGAUUGGAUCGUUUCGAGGUUGAAAAAUAAAACGUUCUCGAUGAUCGGGUGAGUAAUGUAUUGAUAUUCGGAGAAAUUGACAAUAAAUAAAUGUCGAUGAAAAAAACAAUUCGUUUAAACUCGUCAAAUUAAUUUUGUUGAAUUCGUCCGAUAUCAAACGCCAGCCGGUAGCCGAGCCGAACACCAGAGGAAACCGAUUUCCGCAUGCGGUGAAACGACGAGAAAAAACAAUCAUGCCCCCCGUAAGAAAAGCGCCGAAAACAUCGGCGUUGCUCGUCGAAGCCAUACAAAAGCUGAGAAAUAUUCACGGUUCCACGUCGCAGGAGAUAACUAACUACAUAGCAUCGGACUGCGAUGGCCCAAAGAAAACCAUAAGACGUCAAAUGAAACUCGCUCUCCGUCGCGGUGUGUCGGCGGGGAUAUUGCAUCGAUCCAAAGAGGGUUACUACACCUGUGCCGGAUUUGAUACGGACCCGGCCGACAGAUCGCGUCGCGGAAAAUGCGGGAAAAAACCGAAACGAAGUCGUGGAUGUCGUCGGAAAAGGAAAUCCUGCGGUAGACGACGUCGUCGUAAGAUGCGUUGCGGAAUGAAAAAACAAAGACGUAGAUGCGGCAGCAAAAGACGUCGAAAGAGGAGGAAGUCGUGCGGCGGAAAAAGUCGAUCGGGAGCAGAAGGCGAAGACGUCAAUUUGGACGCGGUCGGUACCGGUCAUCGGGAAGGAACGCCAUCGGUGACGCUCGCGGCGAAAAAAUCACAGCGGGGAAAUCGUUCUGGGAAUAAAUCCGGCAAAAAUGUGAGCAACGGGAGCUCGCACAGCGGAAUCAGCAGCGCCAGCAGCGGAAAAACGUUAGGAUCAGGCGCCGGUUCGGCCAGCGCUACUCGGAGCGGAGGACCAAGUCGAAAGGAGAGUUUCAGCGGGCAAUCCGACAUUUCAGGGUCUUCCGACGGAGAGACCGGAAGAAAAGAACAGUAGCCGUUCGCUUAAAAAAUCUGCCUGAUCAUUCCGGGACAAUAAUUGUGUCAAAGGAUUUUUAAAAAACGCCGCAUACGAAAUUCUACGCAAGUCAGCGAACUAAAUAACCGCGGUUAUACUUCUUGUUUUUGUAAAUUCAAUUUUUUAAAACUCUGUUUUUUUACAUUCAAUAUUGUAUGUAUAUUGUAUAUAUCAUGUAUAUUUUGUACUAGAAAUAUUUGUCCUUGUCCAAGCGGCUCAAUUGGCAUACAGAUAUAAAACCUGUGGUAUAAUUAUACCAAAUUUGCAGGACUUUUUAUUAUCAAGUGCACGUGAUUCGCUUUUUGACAUUCCCUCUUCAAACGAUGGAGAAAAUUCUGUAGAUGCAGAUCAGUCGCGUCAUUUUCUCAUUCGGCUACAGUAUUUUGAAGAGUUUUUUUUUUCGGUGAAAUGUACACGUCAGUUAUUCGCCGUGCGUUGCGGCAAGAAGUUUUGCCGCUUUGGACGUAACGAUGGGACGAGGAAAACGAUGCGAAAAAUGGGGGUUACAUGUGAAUUUGCUGAAGCUGUAAUAACGAGAAGGUAGUUUAGAGCGUGGCCGCUGAUCGCGCCGAAUGCAGGAAGAGAACCUAGCAACCUGCAGCAAUUCCACGGGGAUGGUGCGGCCCUGUUUGGCCUUGUCGGCUAAUGAUAGUCCCCGCUAAUGAUGCGUUCACACACGAAGCCCCGCCACACAACUAAGAGAAGAGACCAGCAUCCCACGUGACCAUCGCCUAGCAACUCUAGACUGCCUAGAAUUCACACUACGCUAUUAUAAACUAUCUCUAUAGUGUUCGAACCGAAACCUACCGACCAACCAUCGUCGUCAUCUGCAGCAUCUCGUUUCGGAUCUCCACAGUCGUCAUAAGAGAAACCUAAUGAACGCAAUUUCAACAUAUUCACGCCUCGAAACGAUACGAAUGGAAAUGCCGCGUUUUCCAAAAUUAUAUUGUCUUUUACAAAGCAAUGACUACGAGAUAAUUACAUUUAGGUGUACGCACAGAACGAUACUUGAGAGAAUUAAUUAACUCACGUGGGGUAGUAACGCGAUUCCCCUGUGACGUUUUUAUGGUAUUUAAUUUGUAAGAGUAGGUAUGCGUACACGUAUACGGGGCACUCCAGAUUAAUCGACCAGGGUUUCCGGCUCACUUCAUUUUUAGUUCUGUUUAAAACUUCUCCGAGCCAUUCCGUCGAUUAUAAAGUACCUGAAUUUUUCCAUCGGUUUUGUAUUUCGUAAAGUUUCCAUUUUAUGUUCUAGUCAUUUGAAAAUUUUACUCAACCUUUCGCAUAUUCUAACAUUUGUUGCUAGAAAAAAAAACAAAAAAAAACGAAAAACAAAUUGAAUAGAACAUAUCUACGUGGUACAUCGCGUUGCUGAAAUUGUAAAGAACCCAAAAGCACGAUCUCUUCGUCCACGUGCGUAGGUUCUUCGAUAUUAUAGACCAUACCUAUGUACGCACACACGCAAAAAAUUGCAUACCAAUACUCCCGUAUUAAUAUACUCGCGACUCUAGUAUAAGGGAACACGUCGAAAGCUCGGAAAGUAUAAGCAGCCCCUCCGUGAGCGCACCGCAGCAGAGAGCAGCUUUGCUAGCGUUAUUUUCGACUCUACUCCGAUCUCUGCUGACGUCUGCUGCUCUACGGAUCUUAACGUUAGCGUCAACUCCCCGUGAUAUGGUCAUUUCCACCUAGUCACGAGGCUCCGAUCUCCCUCGGCAUCCACGAUUCUUAUAUUAUACCUCAUUUUUCAAGCCCGCGAUAAAUCUGCUAUAGUAAAAAUAGGUGAAUGGGGUAUCCUAUGUCAAUUAGACAACUUUCGCUCCCACUUUUUAUUUUAUUCUCACCCAAAUUUUUUUGUCACUUUAAAAACAGCCGAGAAAUUUUUCUUCAUUUUUUCAUCGUCAAAUCCAGCUGCUCGAGGGCGAUAAGCUUUUAUACGCCAGCGCAAAACUUUGCAAUUUUUCAAGCAACGGAGAAAAAAAAAAAACUCAAAAUUCUGUUAUCGAGUCCAAUUAGUUUGAGAAAAAUAAAGGAAUAAUUCGUACAG